AUUAACUUCUCGAUAAAUUUUAUGACGAUCUAAAUAAAGUAAGAAUUAGAGGAACCAAACAGCUUAUGCUAACGGAGCAACCAACGACGACGAACUGACGGACGGCGACCACCCCUCGGCCCUUCCUCCAAUUUCCGACUUAAUCUCCUGUGCUGCCAUCUCCAUCUUGCAGAUGAUUGUAAUGGAUGGGUCGAGGACUUUGCAGAUCAACUCCAUCAGAGCAUUUUAUAAGCAAAAGAAUCAUGGUUUCAUUUCGGCAUUUACUCCAAUAGUCUCGAGAAGAGUUUAUUGGAAAUCAACUUGGAUGAGUCAAAAUCCCAAGUCUGAGAUUUCGGUUAUAGCUUCAAUCCGGCCCAUUGAAGCCUCACAAAAAAACAGUUUUGGCAAUAUAUUACCAUGUAAAGAGGUGCUUGAUAUUUGGCAGAAUGCAAAUGCUGUGUGCUUUGAUGUGGAUAGCACAGUUUGUAUAGAUGAGGGCAUAGAUGAACUUGCUGAAUUCUGUGGAGCCGGGAAGGCUGUAGCAGAUUGGACUGCUAGGGCAAUGAGUGGGUCUGUUCCCUUUGAGGAAGCCUUGGCUGCCAGGUUAUCUCUAUUCAACCCUUCAUUGUCACAAGUUCAAAGUUUCCUAGUGAAGAAGCCUCCAAGGUUGUCUCCUGGGAUUGAUGAAUUGGUCAGCCUACUGAAGAAUAGAAAAAGGGAAAUUUAUCUUAUUUCUGGAGGGUUUCGUCAAAUGAUCAAUCCUGUUGCUUCCAUCCUUGGAAUACCAAGUAAAAACAUUUUUGCCAAUGAACUUCUAUUUGAAAGUUCGGGGAAAUUUAUUGGGUUUGACAAAAAUGAGCUCACUUCACGGAGUGGAGGGAAAGCCACUGCAGUUCGGCAGAUACGAAAGGAUCAUGGAUACAAGUCACUAGUCAUGAUUGGUGAUGGUGCUACAGACCUUGAGGCUCGUCAGCCUGGAGGUGCAGACUUGUAUAUCUGUUACGGUGGAGUUCAACUUCGAGAAUCUGUUGCAGCCAAAGCUGAUUGGCUGGUCUUCGACUUUAAGGAGUUGAUCAGCUCAUUGGAAUAGAGUCAAUCCUGUCGUGCCUUUGUUGCACUCUCCUCUGCUUGAUAUCCAAAUUUGUUUCGGACUUUUCUGAAGAAAGAAUAAACACAAGUCUUCUAUAUGUUCCUUAUUGAUUGGAGCAUCAACAUUCUUUGAAGGCAAUUGUAUCUGCUAAUUAUGAAAAAAUAAUACUACGUAUGUAAAAAGGCUAAAAUGACCAUUAUCAACAAAUUAUGUUAUAUUUUUCCAUGGUUUUCUGUUAUGGCACCUGUCUUGACUA